GUCAAGCGAAGCAGCAUGGUAUAGAUUACUGUAAAUCUUACGAAAACAAAGUGCAAGUGUUAUAUAUUUACUUUUAAGUAAAUUUAAUCUCGUUGUAUAUUAUUAUAUGAUCUUAAUGUGAUAUAAUAUAAUCGUAUAGUUAUAGAAGAAUUAUGUUCCCAAAUAAUUUAUAUAAUAUGCAUAUGCAUAUGUUUUUUUAUUUUAUCGUAUUAUAAAAACGUUUUGUUGUAUUUUUUAAAUGGCGAUUACGUCUAGACAAUUUUCAUUACUGUUAUACUUUCUCCUUUAUGUUUGAUACUAUUGACAUUAAAACACAGAAUUAGUUUCCGAAUUAAUUUUGUCCGAAAUUGCGGAACUGUAAAAAAAUGAAAACUUGAAAGUCACGUGCAACGUAUUGAAAUGAUCGAAUCUGAAGGUUAAUCGAAUUGAUGAUUUAAACGAUUCACAUUCACGGAAUAAAAUAAUAAAUAAAAAUGAUUAAUUUAUGGUUAUGUUUUAUCAAAGAAUAAAUUAUAUUGUGUUAAAAUAAUAAAAUUCAUUCGAAUAAAUGAACGCAACAAGAUUACUAACUACAACUUCUAUUACAAACUUUAGUCGUAAUAUUCACAUCGCCCUGUUGCGUCAGGAACAAAAGAUCCUUCACAUGCUCGAGUUUCCCCUGCAACAACACAAACUUUUUGGAUAUCAUUGGAAAAGUGCAUCAUUUCCAGAGACAUUAUUUUCAACGUAUUCAAAUAUAAUUGAGUCAAUGGUUAAUCCAAUGGCAUAUCAAGAACUUAAUAAAAAUAUCAUAGAACCAUUUUUGGAUACGUCUUUUGUUACAAAUAGUAAUUUAAUGACCUGCGAUAUACCAUAUAAUAUAUCUAACAGUUACACCGAUUCAAUGGCGAAUAAUUUGGACAUUUGCUCGUCUAUAGAACAAAGUAGUAUUACCGAUCAGCAAAAUUAUAAUGCGUUAAGGAAGUGGGCAAGAUUGGGAAAAGGGAAAGUACAAGUAGAUGGAGACGAUGCAUUUGUGUUCAGAUUAUUGUCUUUCAAUAUUCUCGCACAAAAUCUUUUGGAAGAUAAUAUGUAUCUAUAUAAGCAACAUAAUAGGGAAGCAUUAUCUUGGGAAGUAAGAAAGCCCCUUUUAUUACAAGAAAUACUUGGGGCGCAUGCUGAUAUUAUAUGUCUCCAAGAAAUGCAAGAAGAUCAUUUAAACGAAUUUUUGAAACCUUUUAAAGAACUUGGUUACAAAUAUCUUUACAAAAAACGGACUAAUGACAAAAGGGAUGGUUUACUAUUAUUGUACCAUUCUGAUCAAUUCAAUUUGAUAGAUUAUGUGAAAGUAGAGUAUUAUCAACCAGGCAUAGAACUGCUUAACAGAGACAACGUUGGCAUAGUUGCUAAACUAUCGCUUCGUAAUAGUCCAAAUACACAGAUCGUUAUAGCUACUACCCAUUUGCUCUUCAAUCCAAGACGAAAUGAUAUCAGAUUAGCGCAAACUCAACUGCUGUUUACAGAAAUUGAAAGAAUUGCAUUUGUUGAGAAUACACCAUCGGGCCCAAAGUAUCUACCAAUUAUUUUUUCGGGCGAUUUUAAUUUAAAGCCUUAUACGGGUGUUUAUAAGUUUAUAACCGAAGGAUCUUUUAAGUAUUACGGUAAAGGGCAAAAUCUGGAACCUACUGAUUUUCGUGCUUUAUCUUACAUAUUAAUACCUCCACGAUUACGUAUUACGGAUAAUUGUCAAUAUUUUCAUCUGUUAAUAAAAAGAUUAAGAGAAAAUAUUACUGAAGAUACAAAGACAAAGGACACUAAAUAUGACGAUAAACAAGAUGCAUCAUAUGGCAUAGCUGUAUUUAAUCAAACUGAAUUUGAUACAAGGAAAAAUGAACCGCAAAUCAUUGAAAUAACACAAAAUAAUUGUAUCAAAUUUUCAUCUGGCAAAUUAACACAUCCUUUUAAUUUGCGUAGUGUCUAUAAACAUGCAGACGCGCAUGGAAAUCAGGAAGUAACAACUAAUCAAGGGAAAUGGAUUACAGUUGAUUACAUAUUCUAUAGCGAUCUUGAACCAGUAGAUAUAUACACCUUGCCAACUAUUGAAAAGUGUACAAAUUUACCUACGAUACCUAACUUUGCUGUUGGAAGUGAUCAUUUAUGUUUAGGGGCUACUUUUAAGAUAUUAAAGAAAGAGUAGUAAAAAGAGUACAGAUUAACUCUUUCGAUGCAAGCAAUUAUAUUUACCAUCAAUUUGUUAUAAUGGCUGUGAAUACGUAGUGAUUUUAUUAUCGUAAAAACAUCAAAGAGUUGCUAAAGGUAUGAAUAAUAAUAUUACUUUUUUUUAUAUAAGUACAUAAUAGUAUAUAACAAUAUACAUUUAGAGAAAGAUUUAUAAUAUUAUUUACAAGAUAAUUAUAGUUUCGAUUAUUUUAAAGAACUAACGGCAUGUAGAUAAUUCAUGUAAUAUAAUACA